AUGGCGGACAAUAUAUCUGCUGAACAUUCCGCGCCUUUGGAACCAGAUUCAAGCGAAAAUGCGCCUUUGUUACAGGAACAAGAGGAUCAACCGGUAAACCUGGGACCUCCUCCUCCAUUUGUAGCAAGUAAGUAAUUUUUUUUUGUCACGAUAAGUUAAAGUUUACUUCGUUGAUUUGGAGAAAACUUUCCCUACAGUAUCGCCUGAUCGAUCGCUUCAGUGUUUACUUUCGAGCUGUGUUGCGAAAUAUGUGUAGUUUGGAACCUAGCAUUUUGCGUCAAUUUCUUCUACACUUCUGUUCGGUAAAUUAUUGAAAGAAAAAUAAAUGAAGAAAGCAGUGCAAUUUUUUUACUUCUUUGGGUAGAUGUUCACGAAAUGUUGUGUGAUCGAAUGUUAUAACACAUUAGCAUAGGUUUCGCUUCAGAGUGAAACCUGUAGGCUAUCUUUGUUUUGGGCCUGCAAAGUUUUUUUUAUAUCAUUAAAGCCAUUAAGACAGCGAUUUUUCAAACAAUCACGUCCCUUCUUAUAUUGUUGAACAGUUUUUCCUGUGCCCGUAGUGAAAAACGCGAGAUAAAACUUAGAAUAAACAGGGGCACCCAACGAGGAUAUAGUUCAAAACCACAUAAACAUAGCAUUGUUGAACGUAAUUUAGUAUUUAAACGAUAGAUAAAGGCUUAUUUUUAUCCCCUAAAAAUUUUUCAUCUGUUCGGAUUUCCUAGCUGAAAGUAUAGUGAUCCGAAAAUUAUAGGGAUCAAAAUUUAGCUUUUCGAAAAUUUCAGCCAGAAAAAAGGCUCCCGAAAAUUCUAGGUGACCUUUUUAGGGUAAAAAUCUGUUAAAAAUGGGCAAUUAUACAAUUUUUUGAUGUUCGAAAAUCCUAGGAGAGGCAGGCAAGCAAGAAAUUUUACAGAAAAUGAUCCGAAAAUUCUAGAUCUCAAAUCGUCUUCCGAACACAUAAUUUUCCGAAAAUUAUCGUUGGGUGCCCCUGAAUAAAGCUUAGAAUUUCGUGAAUUUAUGGUCGACGUGUGUUGAUACGACAAUCUUGUAUUUCAGUCUUACUUAUAUUAAAAAGUUACUUGGGACAGAUAUUAGUCCUUGGUAGUUUUUAGUAUUUAAUAGUAUAUGUGUUUGUCUUUUGAAAUUCAUUCCAAAGUUGGUUUUUACUAGCAAGUACAUUAUUUUUAUGUCACUGUUUGGGUUGAAUGCACAGGUCACCGUGUUUCUUCUGAAGUCUGAAAUAUAAUUUUUUUCAUCUGCACACUGAACUUGUUUAUGUAACUGUUGAUAUGUUCUUGUUAGUCUGUGGAAAUUAUGAUUAAUAUGCUUUUUCACAUAAAUUCAAGAUGUUAGUAAUAUUUUGUAUGGUGUACUUAUUCUGUACACAUUUUAGCUUCACUUCUAUACAAAGUGAAUAGCAUGAUAUUGGUUUUGUGGAGAAACGUCUUAAAUAAAUACUCAGUGAAAAAGAAGUAAAAGCUGUGUUAUUAAAUGCGGAAAAUGAUAAGUGCAUAAGAUUAAUGACUGUCCACAUUCCUACACUUUUAAAGGUGUAGUUAUGUUGCUGUUGAAAACCACAAGUACCUGGUAAAAUCAGGGCGUGACAUGUUGAUCGAAAUCGAUCAUCAGAAAGCUAGUCGAUAAGUCGAUAGUGCUCGAUAAUUGCCGAUUGAUUAGUUUAAUUUGUCGAUAAAAGUCAAUAAUCACAAAGUUCUCAGGGCUGGCUAUCGAUUUGUAUCGACUUUUAUCGAUUUCUAUCGACAUCAACAUGUCAAGUGAACGGAGAUACUUUGUAUAAGCCUUGUGAGUGUAAAAAGUUGUACGGUGCUGAUAAUGGCAAUAAAGCUGAAUAAAGUUGCGUUAAAACCUGAAAAAAAAAACAGAUGUUAUAUUCUUCAAUCCGCAACCGAAUGUUUACCUCAAGAAAUCUGAAGAAAUGCGCCUUGGUUUGCACCACUUAAUAAUAAUAAUAAUAAUAAUAAUAAUAAUCUUUAUUUCUUAAGAUAAAAUCACAUAUCCUAAGUGACAGUAUAAACUCAAAAAACUAUUUACAUAUCAUAUCUAAAAAUUAUUCUGUUACUAAAAACGUUCUUAAACCUGUCAGUGUAGAUUCUAGGGACAGAGACUGACGUAUUUCUAAGAUUGUACCUCAUGUUCUUUUCCUUAGGUAAAAACUGGAAGAACGGGCAUUCGGGGUCAUUAGAUCUUUUUUUGUAGAGUGUCUUGUCCGCCUUCUAGCAAAUCCCUGAUAUUUACAUUCUUGGACAUAAACUUUCUUUUCAUACACCGGUCUAAAAAAUUCUUGCACCACGAUUGUUUUGUUCAGCAUUGGCACACACCUUAUGUAUAUAUCUUUGAAAGGACCCUGAGAUGGCGGGAAAAUGCUAUGAUAAAUAAAGAACAAAUGCAGACAAAGUACUCAGAUGUAAUUAACUUCUUUUCAAUUAUUGCCAGUUAUUGUUGUUCACUGGAUCCACCACUGUAUUGUCCAGGCUUGUACAGGCCAUUGCUUUGCUUUUGUCCUUUGGAUGACUAGGAGCAAAAUGGAGUACAUCUCCCGGUACUUUUGUGUUCGGCCUCUAAAUAAUUUCGGUGAUGAGUUGGGGUGAGUUGUUUCAUAUUGGAGUUUUUACUGGGAAGAAAACAGAGGCUACUAAGAAUAAUAAAUUCACUUUGUUGUAGCUUAUCUACUCAGCUUUAGUUACAGUGCAAAAUAAAACAUUGAAACAUACAUAGCUCUACACAUGAUCGUUUUUUAUCUUUCGGUACUUUUCGAUAAAAGUCGAUUGAAAUUGAACUGUAACACCAAAAGUCGAUCAAAGUCGGUAAUCACAAGAAAUUUUGUGAUCGCCUUUUAUCGAUUUCCAAUAUUUGUCGAUUAAUUAGUAUCGACUUUUAUUGACAACGAUAGAUUUUUAUCGACUAUUUGAAUUAUUGACAUGUUAUGUCCUGCUGUUUGGGUUGAAUGCACAGGUUUCCGUGUUUCUUCUAAGGUCUGAAAUAUAAUUUUUUCCAUCUGUCCACUGAACGUGUUUAUUUAACUGUUGAUAUGUUUUUGUUAGUCUAUGGAAAUUAUGGUUAAUAUGCUUUUUCACAUAAAUUCAAGAUUGUAGUAAUAUUUUGUAUGGUGUACUUAUUCUGUACGUGCUUCCCAUCUAUACAAAGUGAAUAGCGUGAUAUUGGUUUUGUGGAGAAACAACUUAAAUAAAUACUCAGUGAAAGAGAACUAAAAAGCUGUGUUAUUUAAUGCAGAAAAUGAUAAUUAUGUGUAUAAGAUUAAUGACUGUCCACAUUCCUACAUGUAGUACAGUAGCAAACUUUUAUAGGUGUACAGCUGUAGUUAUGUGUCUCUUGAUAACCACAAGUAACUGGUAAAAUCCAGCCAGGUCUGAAAAUUGCAGCAGUGACUCCAGUGUGCCAUGUAUUAUUUUGUAAUUUGGUGUGCCAAAAUUGACACUUCUAUUUUGAUCCAACUCUGAAUGUUUGGAUGGCUUUCACAAAUUACAGUUUCUAAACCUUAGGGACUACAAAUGCAAUUUUCAGUUUUACAUGGUAUUGAUGUUCAUUAUGUUGUAGGUAAAAUUUGUUCUCAUUUUGAAAUGUUAGUUAUUCAUUCAGAACCCUAGCAAGUAGCUAGCCCUAGAAGGUUGAAUACUGAGUUACUUACAUUUACACAGGAAAACCAGAAAUUCUGAAGUUCACACCAUUCUGUCAAUCUUGUUUUCUCUCUUCAAACUGCUUUUUCUACAUGUAGUGCAAGCAUCCAUUUAUUGAUAAACUGAUGGCUAUAACUGAGAUGUCUGUACCAAGUGCAUGGCUAUUAGACCUGAGUAGUAAACUGUGUCCUAGCACCAUGCAGCACAUACUCAGAAAGGAUCUACAGUCGACUCUCUCUUAACGGACACCUCUAUAAGACGGACACCUCUGUAAAACAGACACAUAGAGUUGGUCCCUGCCUUUCUUUACUCCUUUUAUUUGACUCUUUAUAACACGGACACCUCUCUAAGAUGGACACUUAGCACCGGUCCCGAAGGCGUCCGUCUUAGAAAGAGUUGACUGUAACUCAAUUCAUGUAGUCUCUCUCUUUUGUCAUUUGUUUCACGUAAGGCACAUGAAAGAGACUUGAAUUCUGGCUAGGCGGUAUCUGUUGUUAGUUUUUCUUUUUAAUUUGUUUUGCAUGUGUCGAAAAAGACUUGAAUUCUGGCUAGGGGCCUGCGCAGUAAUAUAUUGUAGGGUAAGAUGAUAGGAUUUACUUAAUGUUAAGACAUAGAUAGAUUACAAUUUUACUUCAAAUAUUGUAGUUAUAGGUUUUCUAAAAAACAAAAUUAGCGUAGGAUACGAUGUUAGAUUUUACAUAAUUGUUAAGAGAUAGAUCGAUUGCAAUUUUUCUUCGAAGAUUGUAGUUAGGUUUUCUGAAAAACAAAAUUACCAUAGGAUACGAUGUUAGGAUUUACAUAAUUAUUAAGAGAGAGAUUGACCGUUGGUGUAAAAAAUGUAUUUAAGCUUAUAUAAAUAAAGUUUACUUCGUUGAGAUUAUUUAUUAAUGUGGAUCAUAUGUCGUGUGCAACGCAGUAUGAGAUGGUUUCAAAUAAAGUAGUUUUUGGAGACUAUGCAAAUUUGCGACGCGUAGCUUGCCGCUGAACAGGACUCCGCUAGUUGCCAGUUUUGUAUAGAAACAAAGUAUGUAGUUUGCUGACUACUAUCUUCCCGAUAUAAACAACAAUGUAUUUAGCUUAUACAUGUAUACAGAAAGGUUAUAUCGUUAAGAUUAUUUAUCAUAUGUUGCAUUCAAAUAACAUAGUUCACAACUUCACAUUUUUGGAGACUAUGCAAAUUUGCGACACAUAGCUUGCCGCCGAACACGUCUCCGCUAGUUGCCAGUUUUGCAUUGAAACGAAGUCUGUCGUUUGCUGACUACUAUCUUCCCGAUAUAAAUAAAAUACAGUUUACAUGGUCAAAGUUUAACUGAACGAACAAUACACCUGUUGGUUUCAUAUGACACAAUUCAUGUGUUUGGAGUGUGUGCGAAUUCGCGUAAACUUAAACUUCGCUAUAAAAACAAAAAGACUCGAGCUUAUCGAACUUGAAUGCUCCGCCUCUCUGUUUAUUCCUCAUAUUCAUGCAAAGAUUAGUUUAUCAGUACCAAUGAUUUCCUGGUUGACAAAAGUUUUGGAGUUUAGCCGGCAAACAAGUUAUUCGAUUCAGUGUAAUAAAUGUCUAGCACCAGCGACGUCUGAUUUACGAUUCUCUUCCGUAGUUUCAGUUUUCGAUCUCACAGUUAUUUAGUUGAGGUUUCAGCUCCCUGUCAAAAAUCAAAUACAUCAUAGUCAAUAUUGUUCACGGGAGAUCAAUCGACUAUAAUUUAUGCCAGAAAUUUCCGGUUCAAUGAUUCUCGCGCUACGCGAUUCUCAUCGUGCGCUACGAGAAUCGCGUUGCGCAGGAAACGAGAUGCUACAGGUAACUUACUUUUGAGUGGUACUGUAAAAUGAAAAAGACUUUACAGGGUGAUUUAAAAUUUUCUUUUCUUUUCAGGCACAGCUCCUCCUGCUCCCGGUACACCCCCACCAGCCUAUUCUGAGAUGCCACCACCAUAUACCCCACCGUUUUCAGUGAACACUGAACCGUCAGUGAUCUGCCGUGUUUGUCAACAGCUUAUCUACAUAAGAGGAAGGGAACAUCAGCGUGUCGUUAAGUGUGGAAACUGUCAAGAGGCCACGGUAAGUGCAGGAACUUUUAGUUUUACUGUAACAAUUCAGAUUUCUAUCAGACAUUCCCACCUAUAAUAUUAUAUAAAUUGCAAACUGUUGUCAUUUCCCAAGUUUUGAUAAUGUGCAUACACCUUAAGGGGAAAGAAUUCUGUUGAUUGCUGUAAUAGCUUGUGCAUGUAAUGGAAAAAACUUUCAACUUUGUGGAAAGAGAACAUGGCAUACUCCCACAGCUUUAAAAUUAAAAGAACAAAUUCUUGACCACUAAAAAAAUGAUGAAGGGUUAUCCCCAAACUGAUUUACUCUUACACAAUGUUGUGAAGGGAGCAAAAAACUCACAUUAAAAAAAGACAUUAAAAAAUCACAUUAGAGUGUAGAGAGUUUGUUAAAUAUUUAGGGGUUCUGAUAGACUACAAACUUUCUUGGAAUAAAGACAUUGACGCAAUUCUUUCAAAAAUCAGUAGAACUGUUGGGCUGUUAUCGAAAUUGCGACAUUUUGUUCCCUUUAGCACACUUAUUUCCAUUUACAUGUAUCACUCUCUGAGAUAGCACCCUAUCUUCGAUAUGGUCUAAUUGCAUGGGGUCAAGCAAGCAAAUCACAACUAAACAAACUUCUAGUUUCACACUCUUUGCUUUAUUCACUUUGCCAAACUGCAUGAUCAUGCCAUUCCUCUCUUUAUCGAUACAAAAAUAUUACCAAUUAACUGAUUCUCUAUUAUCAGCUACUAGCAGAAACAAUGUCUGACAUGAGAAACAACUUAGUACCUACAUGUACAAACAUUCAGGAAUUGUUCCUUCCACUUUCUCGUGUACAUUCAUACGGCACUAGAUCAUCUACAACUGUACAUCUCAAAACUUUUAUAUAAAAAAUUGAAUCUUGAAAUCCCAAAAAACUCUUUCUCAAGACUUGGUGCCAAAUUAUGGAAUGAGAGACCGACCAAGUUGCACACACUUUCAAAACACAAAUUCAAAUGUAAUAUUUGUGCAUCAUUGCUUGAUAUACUGGAGACUGGCAAUACUCAUUAUGAAACAGAUGAAAUUAUUCUUAAAAUGAAGAAAGCAGAACCAAUUUUUUUGUAAUCCUGCCUAUAAAAACAGCGAGCUAAUGUUUUCUUUUCUUUUCUUCCUUAUAGUUUUAAAGGCAUCUUUUUCAUAUUAUGCUUUUCUUCAUAACAUUAUAAUUUUUGCUAUUAGUUAACCGCUCCAUAUUUAUUUGAAAACUAAUGAAUCUCUCUUGCUUUCUAAUUUUUUUUCUUUACCUUAAUUUAAUUGCAGUUAUUUUCUUUUUGUAUCAUUCUUGGCCCACCCAGACUAGCUACAGAUAUUUGCGGUGCCAGGACACUUAUAAAAAUAUAUUUUUAGAAAAUUUAUAAUAAGGUCAUUGCAUCAUUAUUUUGUUUUGAAGACAGUUUCUUACUGUGUACUUUGAUUCUGAACUCUUUUAUAGCCUAUAAAACCUCCACCUGCUGGCAAGAAGUACAUACGAUGUCCUUGCAAUGCCCUGCUCACUUGCAAAGUCUCUUCUGUUAGAAUAUCUUGUCCAAGAGCCAACUGGUGAGUACCUAUUAACGUCAACUUGUUCUCAGUGCUCAGUAUGUCAAUAGACAUGCAGUAUUUAAAAAAAAAAAAACGUAAGGUGAAGGUACGGCGUUGUUGGUGGAAGUGCUCUUACAGUAGCUUUUCCAGCCAGUUUACAGGCAACCUUACAGUCCUGAUGAACCCUUUAAGCCCCAAGAUCCAAAUACAAAAUAAUUCUCCAGACUGAGCCCCAUACAUUUGUUUGAAGAAAAGUUGAGAGAAUAUGGUUUAAGAUCAAAGCAUUCUCCAUUUGGUAGUCAGUUUAAUAAUUCUCAUAACCAGUACUCUUGAUGAUCUGCUGAUGUUGUUAGGAGAAAAUUGAUGUUGGUCACUCUUGUAAAGAGGGCCUGUUAGGAUAAAAUUCCAGCAAGCAACAUGGCCUUGAAACAGCGACAUGCAAGACUAGAUAAAAUGGCAACAAACAACAUAAAGAUGGGAUAAUACUGACGAGGACAUGGCUGUCUCCUAAAAAUGGGAAAUGACUGUAUUAACAAUUCAAACCAGGGAUAUUAACCCCCUUUAAGAGGGCCUCAUUAGAUACCCAAAGUCAGUGGUAGGGUACAAGAAGUUGGCUACCGUUUCUAAACUACCGGUAAUAAGCUCUGCAGUGUUCAAGAGCAGUGCUUAUUCCAGUGCGGUGUUUAUUUGAAAGUUAUUGAAAGUUGGACAUGAUAAGGGGCAAUAAAUGUCUUUUGAUUUGAUUAUAUCAGGGCUGCGGUGCUUAUUUGGGGCAGUGCUUAUUUUCUUUUUUCUCUCCAAUGCAGUGCGUAAUCGUGGGCAGUGCUUAUUCAAGUAAAUACAUUUUGUACAUUAUCUGCAAAAAGGACUGGAGAUUUAAACAUGGGAUGACUGAGAAACAAAUCCAGAUAGGGGUUUGAGGGGGGACUUAAUCCUGGCUCCACUGGAUUGCAUGUCCGACGUGCUGAACACUCCUCCAUGCUGCAUUCAUUUUCGCUAACUAGUCCCAAUCUGUGGAACAAACUGUGGAAAGGUGUAUUUAUUUAUUGUUAUUAAUAUUAUUAUGUUCUUUUUAAUCUUUCAGCAAGCGAAUAAUAAAUCUUGCUCCAGCUCCAAGUGUGCCUCCAACUGUGACUUUGCCCUCUGUGCAUACUACCCAGUUUCGAGUCACUUGUGGCCACUGUAAUGAAAUCUUUGUGGUAUGUUCAAACUCUUCUGCAUACAUGUACAUGUAUAUUAGAUACAACUCCUUAGCCCAUAUUCUGCCAAAAUAUUUUUUAAAAAUCUUUUAAAAGUUAAAAGUCCACAUGGAGUUCUUAACUUCAUUGUUUGGAAAAAUCCUAAGAACAAAUUUUGCUAAAUUAUGUAGUAAAUUAAUGUUUUAAAGAAAUAACUCUGCUGCUGUACUUUUAUAUCAAGGUUCCUUAGUGGCAUAAUCUUUUAAACAGCCACAAGAAAUUGUCAUUUAUUUACAUCUAUAAGAUCAAUGUGCCCUAAGAAAAAAAUAAUAAUAAAGAAAGCCCAUAGCUCUCAGCCUGUGAAAAAGAGGGUUCCUGGAGCAUUUUGAAAUUUCCUGGUCUCCCAGUGGCAACCAGACAUGUAGAUGCUACAGUGUGUAUAUCAUGAUAAACAAAAGCAGGGCCUUGUGCUAACCUUGUAGCUUCCAAAAUUAUUGGUAAAACUUUGUAUUUCAUUAAUACAUGACAGACUCAUUACCAGAAGUAUAGUCUUUUAUCAGUUACUGAAGAUUUGACUAGGCAUUUGAUUACCAUUAUACAUGUUAGUUUCAUACCACACAAUGGUGUAGCACUCUUCAGAUAAAAUAUUGAUAGCCUGAUGGUAUAGCUGUAGAUUACAACAGUACACUGAUUAUAAGUGAAAUUUAAAAUGCGGUUACUAAGGAUACAACAUUUCUGUGGGUUCUAUUAUGUUAACCGAAGUGGACUUGAAAUUUUUCAAGAGAAAUAUAUGUGCUAGCAUGUCUACACAAAGAUAUAUGUGGAAAAAAUCAUUUAUUUUUGUUACAUUAAAUGGCUUAAAUUUACUUUUUCUAUUAUUCACUUCACCAGUUUCACACAACAAAUCACCUGGCUAGAUGCCCUCAUUGCCGACGAAUGUGAGUAAAAUAAUUAUUUAACAAUUAUCGAAUGAGACUGAGUAUCAUCAUUCUGAAGAAUUAUGGAGAGGCUUCGGCUGAUAAUGUCCUCGAGAUCUCCAUAAUUCUUCAGACAAUAUGCUUUAUUACUCAUUCAAAAGAAUUUGUAUUUUAAAAACAAGCUGAAACAGUCAUGCUUACCUCCUUCCAUGUUAAGUUCAACUUUGAUAGUGCAUGUUCUUGCUAUGUUUUUAGCCAAUAGUUUGCCUAAUUCUUCCUCAUGAAGCAAGUGAAAUGUUCUGCCGUUAAUUUUUUGCACUCACUAGCAAAACAAAUCAACCUCAGCCCCAGGUCUUCUCUGUUAACGGCUCAAUAAUCUGGCAGUUUUGCUUUAUUAUUGACGUCAUUUUUAACAUCUUCUGAAAUUCUUCCAAGUUUAGUCAACAAUAGCUGGUUAUGAUGAAUUAUGCUUGGGAUUUCAAGCAGUCAGAAACUGAGAAAUAUUUCUAAUGAUAAUAAAAAUUAUUAUUAUUUUCUUGUACGGAAUUUGGAAGAUAUCUCUAUUUUGAUCACUGACAGAUGAACUAAUUUUGGUUGAUAUUAAAUUGUACAAGUCUAGAUUUCUAUCACCAUUAUAACUGGUUUACAGUUUUUCAAUUGGUAAUUUUUAUUUCUCUCUACCUCAGAUCAUCUGUUGGGCCUCGUUUUGCGAAGACACGUGCUAUGAUAUUCGCCGUCAUUGGGUUCAUAUUUUUAGCUGCUGGAAUUGGGGUGACUGUAGGGACGCUAGACUUGGCUGAAAGAUCAGGAGGUAAGGACUAACAUAACCCUCCCCAAUAAUCAUGUACACUUUCAUCUUUCAAGAUUAGUGAAGUUGGUUAGUGUGCGGCCUUCUGUGUGGUAGGUCCCGAGUUCCAUUUCCAGGUGUGACCUCAAGUCCUCCUUUCACCUUCUUUCCUCUCCUUGUAGCUUUUAGUAGCUUUAAAUACCUGUAAAAUGGAGCACUGAUGAAGACAGGGGUAAAAUGAGUGUACCAUCAGCCUCAGAUUUGCUAGUCCAAUGACUAUUUCAAGCUACCCAACAUAAAAUUCCCUUUUUAUUUCACUUUUUGCAUAUUUUCUUUGUCUCUAUUAUUUUUAACAGAGAUACCUUGAAAAUAUUAGUGAAAAUAAAAAUGCAUAUUAUUUGAGGGUCAAUGUAUUUACCUGUUGCAUGAAAGUACUAAUAAUAUUGGGGACACUACUGGAGAUGGGACAGCCAUUUUACAAGGUCAUCUGAGCCAUGCAAAGGUGUAGCUGUUUUCAGGGCAAAGGCAGUACCUCCAUUUAUCAGUUAUUUUAAGACCCAGAGUAUUGGUCGCGCUACAGGAAUCAAACUCGCGACUUCCCGCUUUGCAGUCAAGUGCUCUAUCAACUGAGCCGAUCCUGCCACAGAUUGGUUUUCAGGGGUUCAGCCAAUAAAACUCUUACCACUGGAAAACCAGUAUGGCUGUUCUUCAAACUCUAAAGCAAUAACGACACUUGUAAUGAAGUAAAAUUCAUCAUGACACUUUAAAAGAGAUUACAAUCAACUCUCUGUUAUUGGACACCUCUAUAAAAUGGACACCUUGCUAAAAUGGACACCUUGAGUUGGUUCCUGCCUUACUUUACUAGUUUUUUUAUUUGACUCUCUGUGAGAUGGACAUCUGUCUAAGAUGGCCAUUUAUUGCCAGCCCCAAAGGUGUUCGUUAUAGCCAGAGUUGACUGCAGCAGAACGUGGCAUUUUCUAACAAACACUGUUAUGUUUAUGUCUGUGUAGGCUAGCUCUGCUAGCGUUCUUUGGUGUGUAUAUUGAACGAAGAAUAAAACUCUAAUACAUUGAUCUUUGCUUUGAUUGUAAUAGGUAUCUAUGUGGUGUGGAUUGGAGCCUUUGUUGCUGGUAUUCUUAAUCUAAUCAGGAGCUGCUACUACUGUACACUGACUGUCAGUUCAAUUGAAGGAGAGCCAUAAUGACUAUCUGAUAAAGGUGAAGAACAAAAAACAGCAUGUUUUUGCAUGCAAACUAAAAUGCACUGACACGACAUACUUUAGUGGAACAAGCCCAACUAACUCACUUUUAUCAAUGUCUUCUCCAUGAAUAUAAUGAGCUGUUAAUUAAGGAAACGGUUACUAAGUUUAACCCUUAUUUAAGUCUCAAGAGUGAUCAACAUACAUUUUCUCCUAACAAAGUCAAUAAAAUCAACAAGAGAAAAGGUUUUGAGAGUUAAUAACAUGAUCACCUUUUUUAAAGAUAAGAGUUGUUUGAUCUUUUAUCAAAUUCUCUCAACUUAUUCUUAAAGAAAAUGUAUGGAGUUCAGUCUAGAGAAUUUGUUUCUGGAUAUUGGAACUUAAAGGGUUCAGCACUGAGUUCUUUAUUUCUUCUUAGUAGCCCAAAAAAUCAUCCAAAAACCUAAAUUUCUUUUUGUAAAAUCAUAAGAAGUAAACAGUACCAUGUAAAAGUACUGGUGAAGAGGUUCCAUUUGAAUGGUAACGCUAUAGGUUUUUAUCAACACAGGCAAAAGGUAAUGACAAAAUCUCACCAUAGCUUGCCAGUCUAGAAGUCAAAGGGUUCAAAGUUACCUUUUUGAAAAUUACCAUAAUAAUUAAUUUUUGUAGAGUCUUUUUUCCUUCCUCUUUCAUUACAUAACAAGAACCAAAACAUUAAUGUUUGUGUUGUAUGUUAUAAUUUUGCAGUUAAACAUUAUUUUUUUGGUACGGGCACGAUAGGUCUGUAUUUUCAAGGUCCAUACUAUAGGUUUUUUGUACAGUAGAGAUUUUAUAUACGGUAGUAUUUUUGGACUUUACCCUUGUAAGUCCUAAGAGUUUCCAAUGUCAACUUUCUCUUAGCAAUGUCAAUAUACAGCUAUUUUGAGAAGGGUUGUCAGAAAAAAUUGUGCACGCAACAAUUCCAAAAGGUAAUAUGGGAUAAUUUAUGAUCAAUACACUGUUCCUAACGACUGUAGCUGUUGAACCUACUUUUGUUACUUUUUCUUUAGCACUCGCAAACAUAUGUCCGUGGCCUGCUGUGCCAUUCUUUCAAUUUUCUUUGAAGAACAGUGCACUCAAAACCACCCACAAUCCCUUUCGGGAUUGUCACGUCCACUUUUUUCGGCACCAUUUCUGGAAGUAGCUGUGUAUAAUCAAGAGGAAAGGUUCUCCCUAUGGAAAAUGUGUUGAUCGUUUGUCAAAUUCUCUCAACAAAUUCUUUACAGAAACGUAUGGAGGUCAGUUUGGAGAAUUUGUAUCUGGAUUGUGGGAUUUAAAGGGUUAAAGAAUUGCCUGACAUAUCAACUUAAAUAAUUAGCAAAACACUAGUAGACUGGGGUGCUCUUAUUAAAUAAGAAACAAAUUUGGUUGGAGUUUGUCCACAAGGAGUGGUUGGAUCAAACUUCGUUAAGUGCAAAAAUUAACAGCAAAAUAGCAGAAAGGCUGAAAAUCGAAAAACGAAAGUUAAAAUUUUGUUAUUAAUAUGAAUAAAACUAAAAUGUUAACAGCAUUAUUAGAAUGUACAUGUACUACUAAUUGCUUUCCUGUACUAUUACUGUAUUUUAGUAUUUGUCCAAGUGCAUAAUGCUUUUAGACUGAGGUUUUAGAUUAUAAAGAUAAAAGUAUAAACAAAAGUCACAGAUACAAAGACCUGUGAACAACCAGUUUAGGUUCUUUAAUGUUGACUCAGAGCCCAGAAAAUUGUUAAAA